CUUCAAGGAACCAACUUCGACGACGUCGACUAGUGGAACUGUUUUUUAAUUCUAAAACUUUAAAUGGAUGUUUUUGAUCAUGGCGAGCGAAAUCAUGUAAUCGUUCUUCAGGAUGGAUACUCCCGCGAGGAAGAUGGAGACGAGACCGCCAUGAGGGCUAACUGCACCUGCACGCUGGUGCGCUGCAGGGACGGCACCAACAUCAUAGUGGACACAAUGACGGCCUGGGAUGGAGAGAGGCUGCGUUCGUUGUUGAGCAAUCAAGGCCUAGGCGUCGAUGAUAUCCACGUCGUUGUCUGCUCCCACGGACACUCUGACCACAUUGGCUGCAACUACCUCUUCCAGAAGGCACGAAUGCAUUUGGUUGGCGCCUGUGCCUCGCAUCGCGACCUCUACAUGGGUUACUUCGCCAGUGGGAAACCGGACGAGGAACUAAAGCUAGACUCUCAUGCCGAGGUGGUUGUUAGGCGAUCGCCGGGACACACCCUUAGCUGUGUUUCCGUGAUCGUUGACAACUCCCAAUUGGGAGGACGGGUCGGAAUCACCGGAGAUCUCUUUGAGCGACGCGAGGACAUAGACGAUGAGAGCAUUUGGAAGGAUGCGGGAAGCGAGAACGAAAAGCUACAGCGCCAGGAGCGCUGUAAAAUGGCCCGUCAAUGCGACUUUAUUGUCCCAGGCCAUGGUCCGAUGUUUGCGGUAACAGCAACAAUGCGUUCCCAGCUGAAGCAAAACACUGACAUUAGUAGUUAGUUUUAUAAGCAUAUAUAGCACGAUGCAUCGCGAGGAACUUUCCUCCAUUACUAACGGUAACUAAUUUUAAUAAUAACGACGCCCUCCGCCGCAGAAAGUUAACAGCUCUGAGCUCUUUAUGAAUAUUUCUUAGUCCUUUUCAAGGUCGGUUAACCGACCGCGGUCUUUCCCAUAAACGCGGGCGAUCUUUUGGACUUCUCGAGUGACUGCUGCACACAAUAAAGCCGGAUGGACAAGUCGUUGCUUAUUCCGCCAAACCUUGCUAGGAUUGUGCACGAUUAUGUUAAGAAUGGGGGAUGGUUUGGCGAAAAAAAAUUAAACAAGUCCAAAUAUUACUUUUAUAUUUCAUUGUUUAUUCAGUUGGUAUGUUGCUUAAUAAGUGUAAUUAUGCAAAUAUUGCUGGAUUCAUCAGUUUUUAUUAAACGAUCCAAACAUUCUUUUAACAUA